AUGCCCAUUCUAAUGCUGACGGAGCUGCCAUUUGUGAUGUCAGCUGGUGAUGUCACAAUAUCAAGGACAUCAGCAAUCCACCCAGAUGCUUUCCACCACCUCAGGAACUCUCAUCCAGGAGAAGAGCUUGCUCCAUGCACUACCCUUGAGAGGACAAUGGAGAACUUCUCCCUGCUCACAAUUUCUGGACCAUGUCUACCCAGCUGCACUAUGAAGAGCACUCCUGAUCUGCCAUCCCUCAAGGGCACCUCCAGCCUGCCAGCUUGUGUCCUCACCAAAGUCCACAGCAAUGAGUCACCAGGGCGUAACUGCAUCAUCUACUGGCCCUGGUUUUCCCCAUACAGCUACUUAGUGGACAUGGACAAAACAGGCCAGCUGGGAGCCUGCAGCUUUCCAGGUGCACUGGCAGACAGUGACUGGGACACUGACCAAUCUGAGGACCUCUCAGAGAGCAUCUCCUCCUCCUCAUGCUCCCUGGAGAAGGCUCGUCUCCAUGAGAGCAGCAGGAAAACCAGUUCUGGCAGGGAAGCCCGAGACAGCAUCACCUCCCGGGACAUCCUCACAGCUUCGAAGUGGCAGCCAUUGCCUCACAAUGGCUACAAAUGUGUGGCAUGCUGCCGCGUGUUCCCCACCCUGCAUGCCCUCAAGACUCACAUCAAGUGCAGCUUCAAGGAGGGCUUCAGCUGCAAGGUGUAUUACCACAAGCUCAAAGCCCUGUGGGUGAAGGAGCGCAAGGCCCGACCUGAUGAUGGGCUACCCUUCAACACCACCAAAAUGCCCAAGUGAUCCAGACCAGCUUGGGUGCCCUGUCUCCACUGUUACCAUUGUGGGGACAGUAUAAUGCACUUCAUUCCCUAUUA